CCAUCCUAAACACCAAUAUGUGUUACUUAUCUUCGUGUUCAUCUUCAUCCUCCGCCAUGGUCUGCUACCAGACCGGCGCCGAAUCCUCGUCCAAGUCGUUCGUCCAGGGGGUGACGACUCCUGUCAAUGAGGACGGCGGAUCCGCCCCUCAGUGCUGCCACUGCGGCUGGCGUGGAGCCCAUGCUCCCAACUGCCCGUUCAAGUAGAUUCAAGAUCACUUUUCCUUUAACACACGUUUGGCGCCGUUUCCAUCGUGUCAUCAUAAAGUUUCAUCGCUUUUGCUGUCUUUCUGUUUCUUACCCGCACCCGCUUUCUUGUUUCGUCCUAGCCAUGCUUGUCUAUCUUACCAUCAGCUACUCGUCGUUAUAUUUAUUCACAUAUGUUACAUAUACGAGGAGGAGAUGGCGGUGUACAAAGUAAUAGUCCUGGUCGUCAAUAAUUGUAUGCAAUCCCUGUUUCCGCAUUCCGUGUUCCGUCGCCA